AUGAGCUCGACCAACUUCGCCCACGCCCAGCAGCGUCUGGCUGCGCGACGACAGACCCGCGAACGAGAGACUCGGGCACAACUGACCGCCCACCGCGAAGCGUCGCGAGCCUGGUCAGAGGUGACGCGACUCCCCUUCCCCUUCAACCGACUAGGCGCGACAUCACUAUCGACCUGGGAGCUCUUGUCCUCGCGCGAGGGCACGAGGCCCGCCUUUCGUGUUGGUCAGGUGGAUGCCGAAUUAUUAGAUGAAGAUCUGGUCGGACAGCUGCGCGACCAGGUAGGCGAGGCGGUGAAAUAUAUGGGAGGCAACAUAAAAGACGACUGGUCCGCCGAAAUACUGCUCGCGCUCCGGGCGCUUCUUUUUAAGCUUACCGUGUGGGAUCACGAUGCGACAUACGGCGCCGCGCUCCAAAACUUGAAAUACACCGAUGCGAGACGCGAUGGGCCUGUCCUGACGGCCCCAAGCAGGUGGCAGAAGAGUCUUUACGGUCUAGUAACUGUAGGGGGCAAAUAUGGAUGGGCCAAAUGGGAGAACUGGUUGCUGGACCAGGACAACGGCCUUGUCCAACCCUCUCCGCUCGUGCAACGACUAUCAGACCUCACCACCCGGGUCACAACCAUACAUUCUGCCGCUGCCUUUGCCUCUUUCCUUGUGUUUCUACUCCACGGAAGAUACCGGACCAUCUUGGACAGGGUGUUGAGGAUGCGUCUAGCCCCUCCCACAAGCCAGGUCAACCGAGAGGUUUCUUUCGAGUACCUCAACCGACAGCUUGUCUGGCACGCGUUCACCGAGUUCUUGCUCUUCGUUCUGCCCCUGGUCGGUAUCAACCGAUGGCGGAGAUGGCUCAGCCGUACUUGGAGAAAGACCAAGGAGAUCAUCAACGUGGGGACGGACGGCGAAGACGGUGAUAAGCGAGGCGAAUACGCCUUCUUGCCUGAACGCACCUGUGCUAUCUGCUAUCAAGAUCAGAACUCGGCAGUCUCUGAGACGGAAGUGCUGGCCGCAGCUGCUUCUAGUGGAGUGGUGGGAUCGGCACAGACAGACAUCACGAAUCCCUACGAGACCAUUCCCUGCGGGUGUAUAUACUGCUUCGUCUGCCUCGCGACCCGAUUGGAGCGCGAAGAAGGUGAAGGGUGGGCCUGUCUGCGCUGUGGCGAGCUUGUAAAGGAGUGCAAACCUUGGAGUGGGGAUGUAUUGGAAGAGCCACCCAAGGCAUCUUCACCAUCUACCAAACACGUUGGGUUUCUCGAGGACCACGAAAGCGCCACACAAUCAGACGAUGAAGGCAAGUCUUCGCGUCGGUCGGCCGAUACCAACCUCAACGGCACGACCAACGAUAGUCCAGGGGACACUAACUCCAAAGUAUACGAGCAAGAAGAAGCUGGGGUAAAUAAUGAUUUCAAGGAUUGA